AACCGAAAGAGGUGUAUUUCCUCUCCUUUGGAAGGCCGCUAAAAUACAGAUAAGCAACGUGCACAGGCUCUUGCGUCCCUGCGUCGGGGGAAGAUUUUGAUGCCCGAGGCGUAAACUCUGAAGUCAUUCUCGCCAUUUCAGUUCGCAUUACUGUCCUGGCAGGAGUCGCGGUCAUUUCCGCUGUGCGCGCGGAGUAGGUUUUUCUUUUUCUCUUACCAGAACGUUUCGCCUGCUGCUGCAGCAGCUGCAGUGAAGUCCGUCUUAGUCAGUUAUUUAGUAUCUUUUUGUCGUCAGUGAAAUUCUUACUUAAACGCGCUUCACCAAAUCGUGGGUAGAUAUAUAGGCUGGAUUUCUGUCACUGCUCCUUGCAGUCACAUAUCGAAUUGUGAGCAAGGCGUGAGGAACUGACCACAUCCGCGCGGGUGCCUCUCACAAUUGCCAAAGUUUUCGAGUUGCUCUUCGCAAAUGGGCACACGGAGGGAAGAGAAGAACAGUGGUACUAAGCCCAACUGAGCCGUGGAUUCCACCAACUGGAUAUCAACUGCACAACUACACAUCCAACGUGGACACAGUGAAGCAGCAAGUCUGAUGCUACCGCCUGACUUUCACUAAGUCUGUAAGAGGACCUCCCUCCUCCCCACCCUCCCCCUUCCCCAGCCCCAUUGGAGCCUUCCCUCCUCACCAUCUCAACAUGUCCACCCCACAGACAAUAUGGCCGCCAGGUACGGAGUGCGUUGCCAAGUACAACUUCAAGGGCACCACAGAGCAGGACCUGCCUCUCUGCAAGGGGGACGUGCUGACCAUCAUCAGCGUUACCAAGGACCCAAACUGGUACAAGGCCAAGAACACGGGUGGCCAGGAGGGGACCAUCCCAGCCAACUAUGUGCAGAAGAGGGAAGGAGUCAAGUCUGGAGGCAAGCAGCUCAGCCUCAUGCCAUGGUUCCACGGGAAGAUCACGCGUGACGCGGCGGAGCGGCUGCUGAACCCGCCGGAGACGGGCCUGUUCCUGGUGCGCGAGAGUACCAACUUCCCCGGCGACUACACGCUGUGCGUCAGCUGCGAGGGCAAGGUGGAGCACUACCGCAUCAUCUACAAGAAGGGCAAGCUCAGCAUCGACGAGGAGGAGUUCUUCGAGAACCUCAUGCAGCUUGUGGAGCACUACACCAAGGAUGCUGAUGGCCUCUGCACCAAACUCAGCAAGCCAAAACUCAUGGAAGGAACGGUAGCAGCACAGGACGAGUUCUCCCGCAGCGGCUGGUCCCUCAACCGGAAAGAACUCAAGCUCAUGCAGACCUUAGGAAAAGGAGAGUUUGGAGAUGUGAUGGAGGGAGAGUACCGAGGCUCCAGAGUAGCGGUGAAGUGUAUUAAACAUGAUGCCACAGCACAGGCCUUUGUAGCGGAGGCCUCCAUCAUGACGCAGCUGAGACACACUAACCUGGUGCAGUUGCUGGGAGUGAUAGUGGAGGAGAGUGGAACGCUCUACAUCGUCACAGAAUUCAUGGCCAAGGGCAGUUUGGCAGACUACCUGCGGACGAGGGGGAGAACGGUGAUCGAUGCCAAAUGCCUAAUAAAGUUUUCCCUGGAUGUGUGUGAGGGGAUGGAGUAUUUGGAGACCGUUAAUUUUGUGCACAGAGACCUGGCGGCGAGGAACGUGCUGGUGUCGGACGACAACAUCGCCAAAGUGAGCGACUUCGGCCUAGCCAAGGAGGCCUCGUCCACGCAGGACACCGCCAAGCUGCCCGUCAAGUGGACCGCUCCAGAGGCACUCAGGGAGAAGAAAUUCUCCACCAAAUCGGAUGUGUGGAGCUACGGCAUCUUGCUGUGGGAGAUCUACUCUUUUGGACGUGUGCCCUACCCAAAGAUUGCGCUGAAGGACGUGGUGCCCCAGGUGGAGAAGGGCUACGUGAUGAACGCCCCUGACGGCUGCCCCGCCGUGGUGUACGAGAUCAUGAAGCAGUGCUGGAUCCUCGACCCCAACACCAGGCCCAGCUUCUGCAAACUACGCGAACAGCUGCAGCACAUCUACUCCAGCGCAUAAGGAGGACACACACACACACACACACACACACACACACACACACACACACACACACACACACACACACACACACACACACACACACGAACACACACACCGAAACCAUGCACAUGUGCGUGCAUAUGCACAUUGAAUAUACACACACGCACGUCGCACACACACACACAAACCAUAUACAUGUGCAUGCAUAUGCACCUUGAAAACGUGUACACACACUCAAAACACACACACACACACACACACACACACACACACACACACACACACACACACACACACACACACACACACUCAAAACACACCUUCACACACAUGCACGUAGAAGAGGGAACGAAAGGGACAGCCUGAGAGAGGUGUGUGCGGACGGUGCUCUCUCCUCCUCCUCCUCCUCCUCCACUUGCCUCUGAGCCCUGAUUAACCUGUGCUGAACCAGCACCUCAGCCCAGCUCUGGGACCCCUCUCACCACCCCGGGACUGCACCGCCAUUUUGUUUGUUUAUUGUGUAACACUUCCUUUCAAGGUGUCUACUACACAAGGGUGCCAUGAAAUCGACAUAAGAGGGAAAUUACGUACACGUGUCAGGAACAUGUUUGACAUGGCAUUAUUGAGGUUUAUGACUGUUGACAUAAUGUGCCAUUUAGUUGUUGGAAUGUCAUGACACCCAAGUGAUAUCAACUUGACAUUUCAAAAAUGAAAUGAUCACGUUACACGUAUUAUGCAACACUCAUGGAAAUCAAGAGUGUGUCAUUGAUGUUCCUGACAUGUGUCAUGUCAUUCUUAAGCUGGUUACUUGACACUCCCAUGUAGACCCAUUGAAAUAACGUGUUACUGUUUAUUGCCUUGUGUUCUGACAUAUCUGUUUACCAUGUUGUGGCUGAAAGUUCUUACUGGUGCACCCCACCCCGCCCUAGCCUGAUUAUCAUCGACUUUCAAAUCUCUUCGAGACUUUGUCUGACCAAGAGCAUAAUAAUUGACAUUUCCCAACCGGCAUGGUUGACCCGCCUCCCUAGGUUUGCUACUGGUUGACUGGUUUUCGACAAAGUGGAUGGAGUUCCCGUUUUUUCCGGAGAUCAGAAACAAUAUGUACAUUGCUCUUGGCCUGACUAAAGAAGCAACGUGGGAGGUGUUGGCCUGGUUACCCCACCCUACCCCGUCUCCAGAUGUACUCUGCUUACUUACAGCACAGUACGGUAUGUCCACCGUGCACACAGCACGGCUGUCCUCAGUUUUGUUUUGUUUUGUUUUUUUGUUUUUUUUAAAUGUUUUUAUUAUUAUUAUAACUAUGUUCUGUUGAGACCUAAGGGACCACAGGGGGGGCUAGUCGUCUUGUCUGUAGUCCCUCCCACUCUCUGAUCCAGCUUUGUACAGCUGGCUUAAAGACUUGCAUUUCAGACUAGGCGUGUGUGUGUGCGAGCAUGCACGUAAGUGAGUAAACGAAUGAGCGAGCGAGCGAGCGAGUGAGUGAGUGAGUGAGAGAGUGCGAGAGUGUGUAUGUUAUUGCCUCGAAACCACAGGUGCCUGCGUUUUACCAAUAUCCUCCCAACCUCCAAGUGUCCUUUCAAAGCGUGUGCUUCUCCUUUGGACUUUGGCUAUUGCACGUGUGUGUGUGUGUGUGAGUGAGAGAGAGAGAGAGAGAGAGAGGGAGAGAAUGGGUCUGUUUAUGGGCCCCAAACCUUCCUGUGAGCACCAUUGCCGCUUGGACAUGAACCGGCAGCCAAACGUCCAUGGCCACCCAGACCCAAGUGCAGCAGGAGGAGGCACAACGGAUUGGGGACGAAUCCCUUGGAAGGGGGGGGGCUACAAAGCCCUCUGGGCUCUGACAACAACAUGGAAAGGACCCUUUAUGUGGCCAAAAAAAUAAUGAUUUAAGGAUGGUGAUGAUGAUUACAGCCAAGCUGAAGUGCUUUUUUGGGAGGUUGGGGUUUGGGGACUAAACUGUUUUGGGGACAUUGGCAUGCUUCUUCAUAAGGGGGCUUCGAUAUCUUCUGAGAAUUGUUUCCUUUUGCCAUGUUUCUUAAUAAAUCAUUCCAUCAACGAGUUUCUUAAGAAGUGUGUGUGU